GCGGCUAUACAGACCAGAAGCAGCAGCAGCAGCAACAGUACUUGGCUUUGGAUUCGGUCGAAAUGCGUGAGCGCCCACGGAUUCCGCCCAAACCACUAAACCUGCGGUCAUCAACGACAUCGACAGUGUCGCCACACUCACUCUUAAUAGACACCGACCUCACACGCAGCGGCCUUAUUUCCAUGCAGCAGCAGCAACAGCCACCGUUGGCUGCUAAUUCGCCAGCUCAUUCGCUAUCUUUGACCACAGCCACAGCCACGGCCAUCAAUGCCGCAGCGGCUACGCCCAUGACACCACAAAACCCCUUACCGCAAACUACCUCUUCUGCUUCUGCUGGUGCUGGCGGCAUCUCGAGAUCGCAGACUGCUAUAUCGGCGGCAGCAGCAGAGAUGCAGCCGCCUUUGCUUCAGCAGACAAAGUCGUCCCCGCUGGCGUCCUCAGAGGAUGCAGCAGCGGCCCUUGCUAGGCAGGCUGCGGCGGCUGCAGCAGCAGCAGCGGCAGCGGCAGCGGCGCGGAAACGCGUCGUUGGCGACUUUGCGUACGGGCGCGGACUAGGCGAAGGCUCCUACUCAACAGUUGUGGAGGCUACGGAGAAGGCCACAGGGCGAGUAUUUGCGGCCAAAAUUCUCGACAAACGCCACAUCAUCAAGGAGAAGAAAAUCAAAUAUGUCAAUAUCGAGAGAGACAUUCUGCAAGCCCUACACCAUCCCUUUAUUGUUCGCUUGCACUAUGCCUUUCAGGACUCACAGAGCCUUUAUUUUAUUAUUGAUUUGGCCUCGAAUGGUGAAUUGUUGACGUGGAUUAGAAAGUUGGGAGGGCUGGCUGAGGAGUCGGCGCGCUUCUACUUGGCGGAGAUAAUCGUCGCCGUCGAGUACAUGCACAUGGAGCGCACAUUGCAUCGGGAUCUCAAGCCCGAGAACAUCCUGCUGGGCAGCGACAUGCACAUUAUAAUAACAGACUUUGGAACCGCCAAGCGGUUCAACAAGGACGACCCAGAUCAGCGCGCAAAUUCAUUUGUCGGCACCGCCGAGUACGUUUCGCCAGAGCUGCUAACGGACAAGUCGGCCGACCGCAACUCUGAUCUCUGGGCGCUAGGCUGCAUAGCCUACCAGCUGCUGGUCGGCCGGCCUCCGUUCAAGGGCCUGAACGAGUACCAGACUUUCCAGAAGGUGCUCAAGCUCGAAUAUGUUUUCCCACCAGGCAUGCCGCCCUUGGCGCGCGAUCUUGUCGAGAGGAUUUUGGUUUUGGACCCGGAGAAGCGGCUGGGUGCUACGCAGAGGGGCGGGCUGGUGGAGCUCAAGGCACAUGCCUUUUUCCAGGGCUUUGACUGGCAGGGGAUUUCGACGAGGACGCCACCACAGAUGGUUUCGGGAGGGCUUCUGGACUCGGUUGCGGCUGGCGCGAGGGCUGGUGGGCCGCCAGCGAUUCCGCCGAAACCCCCGCUUCUGCGCCAGUCUACGGGGGCCAGUAUUGCGGACGACGGGUUUUACGAGGCUGGGCGGUCGAGCAGCGAUGGGUUUGGCACUGAGAAAACCUCGGACUCGUACUCUGCCUCGCCUACUGCGUCGACUGACCCGCUGGCGCUGGCUGGGCUGCCGCCUAACCUGCACGACUACCGGGUGAAUCCGCCGAUAUCCCCGGUACAGACACCAGUGCAUUUCGGAUACGCUCAUCCGCCGCCGCCACUACCACCACCACCUCCAUUGCCGCCUCAUGCACAGAGCCAUCAGCAGUUUUUGCCUGUUCAUUCGCAAGCACUCUAUAUGUCGUUGCAUUUCACAGACAACGAUAUUUACAAUGUCCGGCUCAAUGACCACGUGCCGCCACCACUCAAAGCAGAGGAGAUGGCUGUGGUCAAUGAUAUGCAGGCAAGACAACAGCACGCUGCUGCAGCUGCAGCAGCUGGUGGAAGUGCAUCGACGAACGAUUAUUAUGCGGCUGCAUCUUAUAGGCCCCCUGGCCACCCUGCACAUCACAACCUCAAUCAGCAUCAUCACCAGCAGCAGCCUGUAUAUAGCAACUAUGCUGCUAAUAGCAAUAACGCCCGUCGUUCUGGGAGUAGUCGUGGCGGAUGGAUUUCACGGGUUAGAUAUAUUGUGUGCUGUGGUAGCAGCGGCGGUCGCUCUGAAAUUUAAAGAGUAAAGAGGAACAUGGGGGUUGUUUUUUUAACAUUAUUAUUAUUGAUUUAUUUGCUUACUUGUCUAUGCAGUGUCACAACUUGUUGACAUUUUCAGUUUGUCCUUACAGAUAAAUAUCUUUUUUUUGCCUAAUACAAUAUCGGCUCAUUAUCGAUAUGAAACAAA